AUGGUAUCUCAAACCAGUUUAGGGGUGGUGAUCGAGUACAUCCCGCCUGCCCAGCUCGAUGGCUGUCUGUGUUUUUCUCUGCAGGGCUGCUCUGACAAGGAGUCCAUCCUGCCCAUCGUGCAGGUCCUCGGAGAUCUGCUUUCUGUUGGCACAGACAGGAGGAUUCGCUACAUGAUCAGCAAGGGUGGCAGCGAAGCCCUUUUGCAGACGCUGGUGGGCGCAGCAAGGUCAGCUUCUCCAGACUAUGACGUCCUCCUGCCCCUUUUCCGACUGCUGGCCAAAGUUGGCCUACGAGAUAAAAAGUUUGGAAAGAAGGCCCUGGAGUUGGAAGCCCUUGAUGUGACAUUGAUUCUGGCCAGGAAAAACCUGUCUCACAGCCAGAACCUCCUCCACUGUCUCUGGGCUCUGCGUGUGUUUGCCACUAGUGUCACCACGGGGGCCAUGCUGGGAAUUAAUGGAGCCAUGGAACUUCUCUUCAAGGUCAUCACCCCUUACACGCAGAAGCGCACCCGAAUAAUCAGGGUGGCCGCUGAAGUUCUGGCAGCACUGCUGAAAUCCAGGUCUAACAGCCGCAGGGCGGUGAACAGAGGCUACGUCACCAGCUUGCUCAGGCUACAUCAGGACUGGCACAGCCACGACACGGCCAAUACCUACGUGCUGAUCCGUCGGGCGCUUCUGCUUUGCCUGAGGCACAUCGCCACCCUCCGGUCCGGCAGGGAGGCCUUCCUGGCAGCUCAGGGCAUGGAGAUUCUCUUCAGCCUCACACAGAGCCUGAGGCGGUGCUACCCCAAGAGGCCACUUCCUUUGGUCACAGCCAGCAGUGCCAACGCCUUUCCGGUUCCUGGGGACGUCGCCUCUGAGCCUCCACGUGCUCUCGCUGAAGAGGAUUUCGAAGAUGACAGUGAUGACGAAGAAGAGGACAAAGACUCAGAUUCUGAAGAGGUGAAAGAGGAAGACGAUGACUUGGAAACAGAUGUGAACAAGCUGAGUUGCAAACCUGGUCUCGACCGACCUGAAGGGGAACUGAUGCAGUAUGCGGCGAUGUGUCCUGAGCUCUCCUGCAGCUUCGAGGAACUGGAGCGCAAUCCUGGAGGCGAUUUGAACCCCGACGAGAUGCAGCAUGCCAAUCACCGCCACAUUCCGGCCGAUGCCUCCCCAGAGCGGCAUUGCUUGACUAGGGACCAAAGCUCCCGGGGACGAGAAAGAGAAGACGCAGUCCAGACUUCCCUGCUGAGCACAGUGAAGUGGGGGAGGUCCACUGGGCAUCUCGCCUCCAGAAAAGGACAUGGAAUGAACCCAUCCCAAAGCGCGCAGUCCAAUGGUCCUGGGAUGGAUUCUUCUGGAAAUGAAACCCUCGACACUCAGGCUUUUCUCAAAGAGGAUGCUUGGGACAUGGACACGAUCUCAUGCCCAAAGACGAAUGCCUCCUUUCCCAAUUCCACGAGAUGUAGAGGACCUGUUGAAGUAAUGGACAAACUUCUGCAAGCACAUCCCAAGCAUGUCCCCUUCCAUGACCCCUACCUGUAUAUGGCCAAAGCCAGAGGAACCAGAUCUGUGGCUGACCUCAAGACAGUGGCAUUUCCUGAUCUCUGGGGACACUGUCCGUCUUCCUCCCCCCAGCCCCUGUUGGAACGCAAAUGUGGAAUCCAAAGGAUCAAGAUAAUCGAGGACAUCCGGAGAUUCAUCCAGCCUGGUGACGUUAUGAAUAAAGUCGUUUUCAGCUUAGAUGAGCCUUGGCCCGACACGGCUUCCGGCGUGUUACGGUUCUCCUCCAAGUUCGAGUCAGGAAAUCUUCGCAAAGCCAUCCAAGUGCGUGAGUGUGAGUACGACUUGCUGCUCAAUGCCGACGUGAGCAGCGCCCAGCACCAGCAGUGGUUCUACUUCAAGGUGGGCGGCAUGAGGCCCGCCGUCCCCUACCGUUUCAACGUCAUCAACUGUGAAAAGCCCAACAGCCAGUUUAAUUACGGAAAAAAACCAACUCUGUAUUCUGUGAAGGAGGCUCUUCUUGGCAGGCCCACCUGGAUGCGGACAGGAUAUGAAAUCUGUUAUUACAAAAACCAUUAUCGGCAGAGUGCAGCCGUCACGGGGGCAGCGUCUGGGAAGUGUUAUUAUACCCUCACCUUCACCGUCACCUUCCCGCACAAUGAGGAUGUCUGCUACCUGGCUUACCACUACCCGUACACCUAUACCACACUCACGACUCACCUUGAUAGCCUGGAAAAAAACAUCGAUCCCAAAAAGGUUUACUUCCGGCAGGAAGCUCUCUGCCAGACCCUAGGAGGGAAUUCCUGUCCGUUGGUGACUGUCACCGCCAUGCCCGAGUCUGACAGUGCUCACCAUCUAGAGCAGUUCCGGCAGCGUCCGUACCAGGUGAUCACCGCCCGCGUUCACCCAGGAGAGAGCAAUGCCAGCUGGGUGAUGAAGGGGACCUUGGAGUUUCUGGUCAGUGAUGACCCUGUGGCCAGGCUCUUGAGAGAAAACUUCAUUUUCAAGAUCAUCCCCAUGCUCAACCCAGAUGGUGUCAUCAAUGGCAAGUACGUCUGGCACCUGGCCCAACCUACUCCCCCUCCCCACAUCGUGUCGCCGUGUCGGCUGUGUCAGAGCAUCCGAACAGCCGUCCUCGUGAGGCCCCUCGUGAACAUUUGGAGCAUGGAACUCGCGAAGCUGUUGAACGCCAAAUACAGAGGACAGACCAGCCGUGACAGUGGCUCUCCCAGCGUGCACCUGCAGCCCACCAUCUACCAUGCCAAAGGACUCCUCCACUACCUGAGCGCCACCGGCCACCGCCCUGUGGUCUUCUGUGAUUUCCAUGGCCAUUCCCAAAAGAAGAACGUGUUCCUUUAUGGCUGUAGCAUCAAGGAGACUUUGUGGCAAGCGGAGUCCGCUGUGGGCACAUCCACACUCUUGGAAGAUGUCAGCUACAGGACUCUCCCCAAGAUCCUUGAUCAGCUGGCACCGGCAUUCACGAUGAGCAGCUGCAGCUUCGUCGUGGAGAAGUCACGCGCCUCCACGGCCCGGGUGGUGGUGUGGAGGGAGAUGGGCGUGUCCAGAAGCUACACCAUGGAGAGCAGCUUCUGUGGCUGCAACCAGGGGCCCUACCAGGGUCUGCAGUUCAGUACCCGUGAGCUGGAGGAGAUGGGAGCCAUGUUCUGCCUGGGCCUCCUCAUCCUAGAGCUCAAAUCCGUCAGCUGCAGCCAGCAGCUCCGGACCCGCGCGGCCGCCCUACUGAACGCCGAGGAAGACGCUCUGGACCACCACCUGCAAAGAUGCGGCAGCGGCAGCAGCAGCAGCAGCGACUCCUCAGAGCUGGAUGAUGAGCCCCCUUGCAUGGAGGAGGUCGAUUACAACACGGACAGCAGCUCGGACCAGGAAGGGAGCUGCUCCGAGCUGGACCGGCAGAUCCGGGAGUGGGCCUUCCACAAGGACGAGGGGGAGGAAGAAGAGGAGGGGCCAGGACAGGGAGGAAGAGUCAGCCCCUAG